AUGUUUAUCAGUUCGACGCCCUGUGUACGAGGCUCUGUGAGGAGUUUGAGUGUGCAUUCACUUUCGAGACAGCUAGGUACCCGGUAUUUCGUGCAAAGCAAGCACCAAUCCCGUGUACGGCUUCGCACUUGCGUUAUCCCCACUGGUCCCGGCUCACUCCAGCGGACGGUGUGGUGUAUGGAGCUCCAGGUGGGAGACGCGGCACCUGAUUUUCAGAUGCCGACUGACCAGGGCGGUCAAGUUUCACUGAAAGACUUUCGGGGGCGUCCAGUGGUACUCUACUUUUAUCCGAAAGCCAAUACACCUGGUUGUACGACACAGGCUUGUGACUUGCGUGACAAUAUCGAGGACCUCAAUAAAGUGGAUGCCGUGGUUAUCGGAGUUUCGCGUGACCCUGUCGCUGACUUAGCCAAGUUUCGGAAAGAUCAUGGCCUCAACUUCUACCUCGCGUCCGAUGCAGACGGAUCCGUCACGGAAGCUUACGGAGUGUGGAAGUUGCGUAAGAUGAUGGGUCGCGAGUUCAUGGGUAUUGAACGCAGUACAUUCAUCAUUCAGGACGGCGUGAUUCGCAAACUGUGGCGCGGCGUGAAGGCCCCAGAGCAUAUCGCGUGGGUAAAGCGCUCGUUAGAAGAAAUGAAAGCAGGUGCGAAGUAG